AUGUCUCUGGGCCGCCUCCUUCGUCGGGCCUCCUCCAAGGCCUCGGACCUCCUGACCCUCACCACGGUGGGCAGUGGCGGGUCCCUCUCCGUUCUGGAUGGAGAGGUCAUCUACUCCAAGAACAAUGUCUGCGUGCACGCACCCGAGGGGCUGCAGGGCCCUGGGGAGCACCACCCAGGGUACCUGUGCCUGUACAUGGAGAAAGAUGAGCUGCUGGGGGCUACCCUCAUCCUGGCAUGGGUCCCCAACUCUCGCAUCCAGAGGCAGGACGAGGAGGCCCUACGCUAUAUCACCCCCGAGAGCUCCCCUGUGCGCAAGGCACCCCGUCCUCGGCGGCGGCGUACCACAAGCCUGGGGGCCCCCUACCAACCCUCUCCCACAGAGCCAAGGCCUCCCCUGAUUCCCAAAGACGAAGACAUCCUGGUCGUGGUUCAGAACACACAGGAUACUGUGCAUAUCAGCCCUACGGAUGAAGAUGGGGAAAAACUGGCCCAGGGGCCAGAGGUGGAUGGACCCUUGCCCACCUCACAACCUGUGCAUAGUGACUCUGGGAUCCUGUCUACCGUUAGCUCCCAGGAUGGGACGGAGGAUGGUCGGGAGCCACGGCCCGAGGCUGUGGAGGAAGAGGGCUCCUUGGAGUUGUCGGCAGAUGGCGUGAGCAGGGAUAGCUCCUUCGACUCGGACUCUGACGCCUUCUCCUCGCCCUUCUGCCUCUCUCCCAUCAGUGCGGCCCUUGCGGAGGGGAACAGUUCUGCAUUCCUGGAGAGCGAGGGGAGCUCCCCCUGUAGCUCCGAUGCCAACCUGCGGUUCCCUGACAGCAAUGGCCUCCUGCAGACACCUCGCUGGGAUGAGCCACAGCGGGGAUGUGCUCUGGAGCAGAUCUGCGGUGUGUUCCGAGUGGACCUGGGCCACAUGCGCUCCCUGCGUCUCUUCUUCAGUGACGAGGCUUGCACGAGUGGCCAGCUGGUGGUGGCCAGCCGAGAGAGUCAAUACAAGAUUUUUCACUUUCACCAUGGCGGCCUGGACAAGCUCUCUGAGGUGUUUCAGCAAUGGAAAUUCUGCACGGAGACACAUCUCAGGGACCAGCAGGUCACGGAUGAGAGGACAUGCAUGCAGUUCUCCAUCCGAAGGCCUAAGCUGCCAUCCUCUGAAAUCCACCCUGAGGAGAGCCUGUACCGGAGGCUGGACGUGUCCGCCUGGCUCAAUCACCUGAAUGACCUGGGCCAGGUGGAGGAGGAAUACAAGCUACGCCAGGCUAUUUUCUUUGGUGGCAUUGAUGUGUCGAUCCGGGGGGAGGUCUGGCCUUUCCUGCUGCACUACUAUAGUCAUGAGUCCACGUCGGAGGAACGGGAGGCGCUUCGUUCGCAGAAGCGAAGGGAAUACGCAGCUAUCCAGCAAAAGAGGCUCUCUAUGACUCCGGAGGAGCACAGAGCCUUCUGGCGUAAUGUGCAGUUCACUGUGGACAAGGACGUGGUUCGGACAGAUAGGAACAACCAGUUCUUCCGAGGGGAUGACAAUCCAAACGUGGAGAGCAUGAGGAGGAUCCUGCUGAACUACGCUGUGUACAACCCAGCCAUCGGCUACUCACAGGGCAUGUCCGAUCUGGUGGCACCUAUCCUGGCUGAGGUCUUGGAUGAAUCAGACACCUUCUGGUGCUUCGUGGGUUUGAUGCAGAACACCAUCUUUGUCAGCUCUCCCCGGGACGAGGACAUGGAGAGACAGCUGCUGUACCUGCGGGAGCUGCUCCGGCUGACACACCAACGCUUCUACCAACACCUGGUCUCCCUGGGUGAGGAUGGCCUCCAGAUGCUCUUCUGCCACCGUUGGCUCCUGCUCUGCUUCAAGAGGGAGUUUCCUGAGGCCGAGGCCCUGCGCAUCUGGGAAGCCUGCUGGGCCCACUACCAGACGGACUACUUCCACCUGUUCAUCUGUGUGGCCAUCGUCGCCAUCUACGGGGAUGAUGUCAUCGAGCAACAACUGGCCACGGAUCAGAUGCUCCUGCACUUCGGAAACCUGGCCAUGCAUAUGAACGGAGAAUUGGUGCUCAGGAAGGCCAGGAGUCUCCUGUACCAGUUCCGCCUUCUGCCACGGAUCCCCUGCAGCCUGCAUGACCUGUGUAAGCUGUGUGGGACAGGCAUGUGGGACAGCGGGUACAUGCCAGCUGUGGAGUGUGCCGGCCACCACUCGGGCUCAGAGAGCUGUCCCUAUGGGGGCACAGUGGAGAUGCCGUCACCCAAGACCCCAAGAGAAGGCAAAAAAGGCCCAAAGGCACCACGGGAGGCCUUUGGUUUCCGAAGAUAAGAAAGCCCCUGCCCUUGACCAUGGGCGAGGGGACCUCCAUGAGGUCCUGGGCAAGUGGGGGGAGGGAGGGGACGGACAUGGAGAGGACAUGAGGUCAAAGCCUCUGACCGAGGUGAAGGGAACCUUGUCAGGCUCCAGAACUGACAGCAGGUAUCAGCUGUCCCAAGAAUUUAGCUCCUGAAAGGCUGGUCCCAGGAUGUCUGGCUAGCCACUGGAAUGAAGGCUGCUGGUUGGCUGGGGGUUCCAGAAGAGGCCAAGCCUCAAGCCGUGGGCAAGGCAGGGACUAGAAAAGGCCUUGUCCUCACACCAGCACCAAGGGACACAGAGGAGCAGGAUUGUUGUCUGAGAGAGUCAGGCACAUUUGCGAAGCUUCUUGGUCACAGCUGCAAGACUGGUAUGAAGGUGCCUGUCCAAAAGAGAAAGAAAAAGA